CAUCCUGUACGUGUAGCAAAGCUCACUGACAAAUACCGUACGCGAAAAGGAAAGGUUCGAACCUGCAACUGGUGGCGCUGCUUCCCCUUUGCCGCCGUAGCGCCGGCCAUGCUCACGGUGUCUCUCCUAGACGCGCAACUCGCUCGGUGCUCCUCCGCGCGCCAUCUCCUCCAGAUUCACGGCCAGUUCAUCGCCUCCGGCCUCCUCGCCGAUGCCUUCGCCGCCAGCCGCCUCCUCCUCUUCACCUCCGCUACCCGCCUCCUCCCGCUCCCCGUCCACCAUUCGUUCCGCCUCCUCCGACUCGUCCGCUGCCCCAACGCCUUCUCCUGCAACACGCUCCUCAAGGCGGCUCUGCUCGCCGGGACGCCGCACCUCUGCCUACCACUCUACACCUCCCUGCCAGCGUCCCCCGACGCCUACACCCACCCCAUCCUCGCCGCCGCCUGCGCCGCCAGGAGGGACGUGAAUGAAGGCAGGCAGGUGCACUCACACGCUAUCAAGCACGGGUUCGGUGAUGAUUUGUACCUCAGGAACGGCCUGAUGCAUAUGUACUCUGUUUGCGGCUGCCUCUGGGACGCACGCAGGGUGUUUGACGCAGGUCCCGUGUGGGACGCUGUUUCGUGGAACACCAUCCUGGCUGCGUACGUGCAUGCUGGGGAUGUCGACCAGGCGGUUGGGGUGUUCGCACGGAUGCCACAGCGGAAUGCCACAGCGGUGAGCUCCAUGGUGUCAUUGUUUGGGAGGAGGGGUAUGGUGGACGAGGCAAGAGGGGUGUUUGACGAGGCCGAGUGCAGGGAUAUUUUCACGUGGACUGCCAUGAUUUCUUGCUUUGAGCGGAACAGCAUGUUUGCAGAGGCGUUGCACAUGUUCUCGUGCAUGCGUCGAGAGAUGUGGCCUGUGGACGAGGCGCUGAUGGUCAGCGUGGUGUCCGCUUGUGCACAGUCGGAGGUGAUUCGAAAUGGGGAACUAUGCCAUGGACUGGUUAUCAGGGCUGGCCUUUGUUCGCUGCUAAAUAUUCAGAAUGUGCUGAUCCACAUGUACUCAUGUUGCCUGGAUGUUGUUGCAGCACGGAGGUUGUUUGACAGCGGUGACUGCUUGGACCAGUUCUCCUGGAACUCAAUGAUAGCAGGCUAUCUAAAGAAUGGUCAUGUCGAAAAUGCAAUGACAUUGUUCAAUGCAAUGCCUGACAAGGACAAUGUUUCUUGGAGUACAAUGAUUUCUGGUUGUGUGCAGAAUAACCAAUCGUCAGAUGCACUCGCUGUCUUCGAUAACAUGCGAGCCCAGGGAGUCAGGCCGGAUGAGGUUACUAUUGUUAGUGUUAUAUCUGCAUGCACUAAUCUGUCUGCUCUGGAGAAAGGAAAGUCGGUGCAUGAUUAUGUAAGGCAAAACAAAUGUUACAUCACUCUUGUACUUGGGACUAGCCUCAUUGACAUGUACAUGAAGUGUGGAUACUUGGAAGCUGCAAUGGAUGUCUUCAACAUAAUGGAAGAAAAAGGAGCACCUUGCUGGAAUGCUGUCAUUGUGGGGUUGGCCAUGAACGGCCUUGUGACGAAAGCCCUUGAGAUGUUCUCAGAGAUGGAAGCAUCCGGCACUGCCAUCCCGAAUGAGAUAACUUUCAUCGGAGUUUUAAGUGCUUGCAGACAUGCUGGCCUAGUUGAGGAGGGCCGCCACUUCUUCAAGUUGAUGCAACACAAGUACCGAAUUGUGCCGAACAUCAGACACUAUGGAUGCAUGGUUGAUCUUCUUGGACGUGCUGGAUAUGUUAAGGAGGCUGAGGAUCUGAUUGAGAGCAUGCCCAUGUUACCUGAUGUUCCAGCAUGGGGUGCAUUGCUUGGUGCCUGCUGGAAGCAUGGUGAAAAUGAGGUUGGAGAAAGGGUGGGCAGGAAGCUUGUCAAUCUGGAUCCUCGCCAUGACGGAUUUCACACUAUGUUAUCUAACAUAUAUGCUAAAGAGGGGAUGUGGCAAUCAGUAAAUGACCUAAGGGACUCCAUGAAGCAACGACAUGUCCCAAAAGUUUCAGGAUAUAGUGCCGUUGAAAUGUCUCAUUCUUGAGAUACUAGCAGUUGAUCCACCUCAAAUGAAAAUCUUUAGAUAGGUCCAAGUUGAAGCCUUACAAGGUCAUGAAUGGAUCUGUACUUAUCUGCGAUUUGUGUUUCUGACUUUCUAUCAUCGUGUGUAUUUUGAUAAGCCUGUUGUUCACUUCAUGUUUCCUCUAUCUAUGCUUGCAGAUUCAAAUAAAAUAUUCACAUGGCAUCAACGACCAAAUUAUUAAUCUUUUAAACUUUUACCAGAGGUCAGGCAGAACUUCCUUUCCUUCCUUAUUUCUUUGCAUGAUAAUCCAUCCAUCUGGAAUACUGAACAGGGAACAACGCACGCCAUCGUCAGGGUUUCCUUAUUUUUAAUUUUUUGUUUGUCGUGAACCAUGGUGCAAGCAAAUGAAUAUCUUUCUCAAAUGUCAAAUGCAAUGCUAAACUUACCAGGGUAAGUAUAAAAAGAAGAUAUAACUGGGAUCAUGAUGAUGGAAAAAGAAAGGAAGAGCAAAGGUAAAUUAACUAUGGGGUGGAAAGGUGAUACAGAAAAAAGACUUGUAAUUCUUUUAUCGUCUGAACAACAUGUAUAAGAAAUGCUCAGAAAAAGAUUUGUGGGUAUUUUUUCUCCAUAAAAAGGCUAUAUCUAGGCUAAUUCCUUUCCAAGCUACACAUAUGUUUAUUAGGAAAAUAUGUUUAUUUCACCAUCUUCAGAAUUGUUACGAAAAUGUGAUGCCAUACUAACAUAUCUUAUUUGUGUUAGAAGAAUACAAUUCCAUUUGGUAUCAAGAAAUAUUUGAUUAGGAAGGGAGGUAGAAUAAAAGGUAUUGGGUAUGCAGGUUCUAGUGGUUCUAGUUGAGGUUUACUAAUUUCACAUAGCUAUGGUUAGUUAAUAAAGUAAUUUCUUAGAACCUUGUAGUUGUAAAGGGAAAUGAAUUAGAGUCUUAUUGACUGAUAAAACAAAUGUGAGAAGACAAUUCACAUGUAUUGACUUAAAAAAAUUCUCAUAUGCUUGUUGCAAGUGUGAAUCAUGUGAGUUGCGAGAUCAACCUAAACAGAGUCACAUUGGACCUACUAAAUUAUAAUUGUAAGACUUGAGGGGACAUCAAUAAAUGACUAAGUGAUUGGUCUUUUUACUGUUGGGGGCUUCCCUACGGUUUUCUGGUGAAAAAGAAGACUGACUGGUCUGCUUUUAGACCAACUGAAAAUAUUGCUGGAUACCCACUGUGAGUUCCUGGCACAUUACUAGAAAAUACGGAACAAUUUUGUUUUUUCAUACGAGAAGAGAUAUUAUGAAGUAACCAUCACAGUCGAGCAUGGUUUUUCUUUAGUUUGAUCAAGUCCUAGGCUCCUAGGUAGUUACCGUCGGUCUAUGCUAAAGGGAAAAGAAUAAGUCUCUUUGACCGAUAAACAAAUGGGGAUAAUACUAUUCACGUUUGUUUGCUUCACAAAAAUCUCACAUGCUUGUUACAAGAGCUAACAUGAACCAUGGAAAUUGUGAAAUCCACACUCACAGUAGACCUGUCUUGAGGGGAUAUCUGUGCACGACCAAGUUUUUCUGUUUAUGAAAAGGAGGGCAGGCCCCCAGCCUCUCCAUCGAUCGAUGCAAUCUGUACAUGACCAGCUGACCGGUCAAUUUUAAAACUGACCGGAAGUGCCACUGGAUAUCGACUGACGGUUCCUUUUACGUGGCUAGCCUUUUAAGAUGAGAAGAGAAAAUAUGGAACAAGCAUCCCAUUUCAGCAUUUUUUUUGUUUGCUUUGUUAAAGUCCUGGCUAAUCAAGGUAAUAUAUGCUAAUGGGAAAAAUAGUCUCAUUGAACAAUAACAGAAAAAAUGUGUGAAGAUGAGGAUCGUUUGAGCGGGAGAAAUUGCAUUAUGAUGACAGAUCUAUUUACACGGCCAAAAUAUCAUUAUGAUGCUGAUCCAGAUGUAUGGUGCAAGUCAACUCUGCCUGCCAGACGUAGAGAUCCAAGCCGGAAAAUUGGACGAUAUUCAGUGCCUUAGAAAUACAUAUAGAAAUCUCCAACUUGGAGAAACAGAAGACAAGGACUUAGUUGAUGCGAUUCAUGGAUAUGCUGGCAAUGGCAUCAAAGAAUCUUGAAAGGGUGUCACAAAACAGGACACUAUAUCAUGACAUGCAAUCCAUUGCUAUCGGCCAGCCACACGGCUUUGAAGCCACAACUGCUCACAAAGGGAAAAUUCAAUAAUGCGUUCCCAUCCACCAAUCCAGACGGGACAGAACGUUUUUUCCGAUUAACAUGAGAUAGAGGAGACAACAAAUACAAGAAUCUAUACAUAAUGGACGCAGAGGCCGGGGUGAACGCCGGUGAAGCGUAACGGAUAACAGAUGGCGAUUGGACUGGCACACACGCACACUGCCAAUGAUCUCCGAACAGAGACUGGAUCGUGUUCUCAUCAAACCAUGACAGGCCUGCGGAUGCGCCGGAGCGCGACCAUGGCCUAGACCCAGGGUACUUCGUUGUUUACUUGAUAAAUACAAUCGACCGCUCUAUGGUGAGGGUAAUCCGGAGCGGGUAUGAUUUCUCCAGGCACGUGAACCAUCCAGUCUUCAGUCCAGAUGGGCAGAGCAUCGCCUUGACAUCGGACCUCGCUGUGGUGUCCGCUAAUCCAAUGUCGCCUCCAAUCUUCUUGCACUCGGUGAGGUCCUAUUGUGACAUCUUCACUGUUGAUAUCGACCCUGACAACAUGGAGAAGAACCAGGAUGUGGAGAAGUUUGCCGGCGUCACGCAUGACAGAUACGAGAACUCCACUCCUGCCUGGUCGGUGUUCUCGACCCAUGACCCUCAUGCACAGUGGAACCUCCUGGUCAUGGAGGAAAGUUACACCCCUUCAUACCCGUAUGCGCAAAUUGACGGAUGUGAAAGUUGGCACAUGACAGGCCAGAUCUGCAUCCUGAAAGGGUCUGUUUCUGGCUCGUUUGGGAUUAAUUGUUUGAGAUGUAUCUGGAAUUUCUGUUUGAAUUGCUGUUGGACAUUUGCAUUUUACACAUUUCAUCUUGCUGUAAUGAGACUUCAGAGUUUUAUACGAGGAUUCUGAAUUGAGUACUCAGACAAGUUUCAGAGAAGU